AGCGGAGGAGGAGGAGGAGGAGGAGGAGGAGGGGGCGGCGAGGGCGACUACAUGGUGCUGCCGCGCGGCGAACGGUCAGUCUGAAGCCGCCCCCGCCGCCCGAAGGACGAGAGCAAGCCGCUGAACAUCGCCCUGGACGACCCGCCAUUCCCCGCCUCCUCCGUCGCCCAUGACGCUGCAGGUGCCGGCGGACGGAGAGCCCGUCGCGUACGCGUCCGACUUCAGCUCGGUGGCCGCCGGCGUGCCCAUCAACAUGGACCACCACCACCACCACCACCCACCACCACCACCACCACAUGGGGGUCAACCUGAACCGCUCGUACAGCACCCUGAAGCAGCUGCCCAACGCGCACCACGCCAACGCGCACCACGCCAACGCGCACGCUCACGCCACACCACACGCUGCAGCUCAAGCAGCAGCAGCAGGCGGGCGGGCGGGCCCGGGCCACAGGGGCGCCCACACCCUCAGCCCCAACGCGCUGGAGCGGACCCGCAACGCUGCCACGCAACCUGGGCAGCACCCACGCCCACUCCCCGGCCUCCCGCACGGAUCCCUGGAGAGGAAAAGAGUACGGUACUCUGAACUGGACUUUGAGAAAGUGAUGCACACUCGCAAAAGACACUCUGAGCUCUACCAUGAGCUCAACCACUCUUCCAAGUUCCACACCCUAGACAGGUAUAACCGGGACCCAGCCAUGUCCACAUUCAAGGUCCCACCACCUCCACCGCCGAGACAAUCUGAGCCUGUUUUAGCGCGGCGAUCCAGCUUCGUUUACAAAGAAAGCCAACGUAAGCAUUUCAUAACUCAACAUAAAGCCCCUCCUCAACCCCUUAACUGUGUCUGACCAGUCUGGACAGGCCAUUAGAGGUCAUUACACACACAUAAGUGUCCUAGCGAGUCUUCCCGUAGUGCUGUGGUGUUAAGGGGCGGUGCCUUCGCUCUGUGUUUGCUAGCUGUCCUAGCGGCUCUUCACUCCCAACACAUAAGAGCCCAGCCAGAUAGUUUCUGCCGGAUCAGGGCCGCAUCGGGCCCAGAUCCGAGCCGGACGCUGUCCAUCUCAUCUACUAUCUGGGUGUGUUGUGUUUGCUUUCAGCCCCCUAGUCCUCUCUGCAAUCAUGAGUGUGUAUGUGUGUGUGUGUGUGUGUCCUUUGCCUGUGUCAGUGUUUUGCUCCAAUCUCUAAAUCUCUGUCCAUCUAAAUUUGAGUUUAACCGAAGCUUAAACUUUAUAAUAAAUAAGAAGCGCAUAGCUGGGCCAGGAAUAAACCAAAUAAUCACACUUUUAAGCCAUCAUAAUCCACCCUUGUGGUGCGUAAAGGCCCCCCACGUUUUUGAGCAGGCACAGACAAGGACCACUCUCCUUGUGUGGGCAAGUCCAGUGUGGUUUUGAACCAACAUGGGGGCCGGGGGGUGACAAUGGAGAGGGGGCAGGUAUCAUUGUGAGAAUUUAGACCCAAACUAGCCGUUGAUCUAACUGUGUGUGUGUGUGUGUGUGUGUGUGUGUGUGUGUGUGUGAGAGAGAGAGAGAGAGAGAGAGCCUGCUGUCCUGAUUGGUACUCUGGGAUUUUUAGACUCUGUGACACAAACACAAAUUGACCCUCUCAGUAGCAAUCCAUCCUGGACUAUCUCUCUCUCUCUCUCUCUCUCUCUCUCUGUUUCUCUCUCUCUCUCUCCAUCACCUCCUCCCAUCUACUCCUCUAUUUUGCUCUUCCUCCUCUCCUCCUCUCCGCAGAGCUCGUUUGGGAUAGCGGGAUAGCCGUGCCUGCAAAUUGCCUGAGUAUUUCUGAGACAGCAGCUUGAUGUUGUUUGAAAGGCAUUUAACCCCUAACUGAUGAGGGGACUGCACCGUAAUGCAUCGCCCAAAUACACGCACACACAGAGACACACACGUGCGCACACACACAUACUCUCACACA